UGGAUCGCACCACAAUCUAGAAACCGAAAGAUAAACUAAAGAUACUGAUACUAAUAAAAUGCAACUCCCCUUCUGGAAGUGGGCGUGGCUGCCGGCGGUGCUGCUAAUUGCCGGGAAAAUGGAUCAGGUGGGCGGUAGAAAUUAUCUGGACUUGGCACGCACCGAUAAUCGGCUAACGAGGUUACCAUUCUUUGGCGGCGGUGUGGGUCACCUGCUGAGAUAUUUGCACCCCCUGUCGCUGAAUCCCUCAGGCGAAAGGGGCAGAAUCUCGGAGCUUCGCAGCGAUUUGGAUGCCAACUAUGUGAGCUAUCGAGGUGCGCAGCUGUGGAAGCUCAACUUUAAUGCCACCCGGGGAUCGUCCAUGGAGGAGCGGGAGGAGGAGCACGAGGAGGAGCCCGAGGAGCGACAGGUGGUGGCCUCACCGGAUGCCCAAUUCAACGAGGUGGUCGCUUUGUUCGCGCUCACGUUUGUGGCCCUGGCCAUUGGAUCGGCUCUUGGCCAAAAGCUGCUGCUCUGGCGGAGUGUCUCCGUGCCGGAGAUCUCCGGAAUUUCCGGUCUUCCGCUCGCCCUGCUGACCCUCAACAGCAGCGAGCUGUACGAGUCCACCUUCGAGGGUCUCCAGUGGCUAUCGCCCUUGGAUCUGCGCCGUUUCGACUUCCUCUCCCCGGGAUCAUCGUACCAGAUCAACAGGCGCUAUCGCAACGGCAGCCAUGUGCAGCGAUACUACGGCUUUCAGCUGUGGAAAAUCCAUGAAACCCGGCUGGAACUGCCCGAACUGAGGGCCUUUUGGCGGCACUUUGGCAGCGAAGUGUGGAACAUCAACCAGGAUGGCAUCGACAUCCUCAUCGAGCAACGCAAUGUCGCAGAUGCCCGGAAAUUCAUGGACAAGGUUGGCUUUAGCUACAACGUAAUGAUCGACGACAUUGAAUCGGCCAUUGAUGAGACCUACGUGGAAGUUCCGGCCGCGGAGCAUCCACUGGAUUCGGUGCGGAAUAACUCACUGCCGUGGAUGGAAAGACCGGGCUCUUUGAUGAGCUGGCGGCGUUAUCACGAUCACGCGGAUAUCCAGCAGUUCCUGCAGACGCUGCUCGAAAACCACUCGGAAAAUGUGGAAAUAAUCCAGAUAGGGGUAACGCGCAACAAGCGACCUCUGGAGGUCAUUAGGGUCUCCAAUGGCAAUCCGGACAACUGGGCGGUAUUCGUGGAUGCGGGACUGCAGGCGAGGGAUUGGCUGAGUCCCGCCGCCCUGACCUACGCCAUAUCCAAGCUGACCCACCUCUGGGGCAGGCCAAAGGGCACGGGCCAAGGUCAAGGUCAAGGUCAGAGGCAGAGCCGGGCGGAGAAGGCGAUGCGCCGCAUUGACUGGUACUUCCUGCCGAUGGCCAACCCGGAUGGCUACCAAUACUCCCGCCACACGGAUCGCCUGUGGACCAAAAACCGAGGCUACGACAGUGAAAGCGGUUGUUACGGCGUGAAUCUGGAUCGGAACUUCGAGUACGGCUGGGGCGGCUUCGGUUCGACGAGUAAUCCCUGCAAGAAUCUCUAUCGCGGAGCCCAGAGCUUCUCGGAGCCCGAAAGCCGAGCUCUGCGCAGUUUCCUCUCGGGCAUGCGGGAGUAUCUGGGCGCCUAUGUCUCGCUGAGUGGCUAUGGCCAGGCCAUCACCUAUCCCUGGGGCGAUGCGGAUUAUGUGACGGAGAACCAGAGGGAUCUCAAGCAGACGGCCAGGCGGGCUAUUCUCGCAUUGAGGCGACUAAACCAGGCUGAAUACUCGGCGGGCACCAGUUAUCGCCAGAAAUUGGCGAGACCGGGCAAUUCGGCGGAUUGGGUGCAGGAUCGCAUCGAGCCACAGAUGGUGUUCAACAUGUUCCUCAAGGAUCAGGGACGCUACGGCUAUCUGCUGCCGCCGCACUAUAUCGUGGAGUCCGGCGAGGAGGUCUUCGAGUUUCUGCGCACCAUCGCCCAGCAAUUGCAGUAGAUUCGCCACUUAACUCUUUCAUAUUUAUGCAUUAUCCAUA